GGCACAUACUGGACAUCCGGUGCGAGGAUCGCGGACAAAAACAGUUUUGGGUGGUGUGCAAGCAACAUGAGGGUGAGAGACGGUGUUUACGCUGCAGGUCAGCCAAAUGAUCGUGGUGACUGCUUGGUUGCCGAGCUGAAAGGUGGUUCUGUUAGUCUGAUCAGCCAGAAUUGCAGCAAAACCUCGCUGAAAUUCAUAUGCGAGGCACGAGAUACUACAAAGGCUUCAUCACCUGGGAGAGCAAUCUUGCAAGAAUGCGGAGAAAUAUAUAAUAUCACUAUGACUGAGAUUGAUUCUUUGUGGUCUAGCAAAACAUUUGACAUGAGAUUAAAGUGUUUUGUUAAAUGCGUUGGCGAGUUUGGAAAUUUGAUUUUGGAAGGGCAGAUUGUAACACAGGAGAUGAUACGCAUUGCUGAGCAGUUCACUAUGGGAGGUGAUGUUAGCUUACUAAAUAAAAACAUGGAGGUUGCCUCAAAGUGUGGAAAUAAAGUGGGCAUGGAUGAAUGUGACACGGCGUCCCUGGCAUUCAGUUGUGUUGCCGAAGAAGCACCAGAUAUUAUGCAAAGAGCUUUACUUAAAGCGGAAAUUAAUGCCUCAGCGGAGUCGGUUGGUCUACCCCUCGCACAAUCCUACUGCAGAUACGACGUCCCUUACGGUCUUAAUUUUGCUUGGCGCCAAGCGUAUUUAGACGAAAAUCCAAGUCCGGGUGGUCCACUGACGAGAGCAUAUUACAAUCAAUGUGGCGCACGAAAUUAUUUGCUCAUUGAGAGCAACGAUACCACCAGCAUUGGACCAGCAACAAGAGCUUGUUUAGAGUAUGGCUUGCAACAUGUGUCAUUUGAAACUUUUGAAGAGCUUCUGUGUGUUAACGAACUGUUUGCUGUUCCAAAUAAAGUUUACACGCUCUGGACAUCAGCAUCAUUCAUGAGCUUGGCAGAUUCGCCAGUUUGGUGCGCGACUAAUGCUCCUCUUGACAUCUCUUUGUACCCGUGGAACCUACAAGGGGUAAAGAAAUUCACUGGAACCAGUGCUGGAAGGAUGUUUGUAGUAGUUGUAAUUAGGAAAAUCGAACCGUAUUUGAUGAAUAUUGUCAAUUCUGGAAUUCUUGGUGGAGUAUUGUGUGAGGGCAGAUAUAAAUAA